AUGAGUUUUAUCCCAGAAGAAUAUUAGUAGCAAUAUAAAGAAAAUAAAAAGGAAUUGCUAAACCUAUUUUAACUAGAUGAAAGUUGGACUCUGUUAUAAGAAAAGGAAGGUGUCACUGCUCACUAAAGACAUUACAAAGAUAACUUAAUUGAAAUGAUAAGAAUUGAAGCGUAGUUUGAUUCAUCAUUAAAUGAGACAGCAGAUUUGCUUUUUAAUGAUGCUUAAGAAUUACUUAACUCCAAACCUUAGCUACAAUCAGCUGAAAUAAUAGAGGAAUUAAAUGAAAAAGGAAGAGUUAUCCUGGUGACAACUAAGCCCAUUUUAUUCAUAAGUCCAAGAGAGAUACUGGUUUAUACAAAUUAUGAAAAUAUUGAAAAUGGAAUUAUUUAAGUUUAGGUUGGUUUAUAAACGCAUCCUUAAGUUCCAUUGGAUUCAAAAAAAGUACGUACAACAACUGUAUUAGGUGGUCAUGUUUUAAUCAAAAAUCCUGAGGAUAACUCAAAAACAAAAGUGGUGUACAUCAUCUUAAAUUUGCUAAAUGGAAACAUACCUUUAAAAUUAUAAAGCACUGUAUAUCAAUAACAUUUAAAUAGCUACGUAUAUUUUAAAAAGCUGAUAGAAAAGAAAAAUCUCCAAAGAUAAAAAAUAAAUGAUUAAAUUUGA